AUGAGCCACCCUAUAGCGCCUCUGUCUUGCUUCCAGUGCCGGGAGAAGAAACUCAAGUGCGAUCGUAACGCGCCAUGCUGUGGUCGAUGCCAACGAUUAGCCCACCCGUGCGACUAUCCCAGCGCAAGAAAGAAGGUUACGGGAAAGAGGAAACAAGUCCGGGAGUUGGAAGCGAAGCUAGCCGAACUCGAGAGUAAGCUUGAUGCGGUUCACUCCAACAACCCACUGUGGGGAGCCAUCGAUGGCGAAGAAAACGCAGCGCUGGUAAUGGAAGACAUCCAAGAUAAUAUUGAGGAUUACGUCUUCGAAGAUCCGUCCUCUUCCAUCCAGACAACUAGCUCUGAACGUUCCUCAAGCCAACACGCUUCCUCGGGUCUAGCGAAGGAACUGUAA